AUGAUGGCAUCCCAAAUUACUCUAGAUGAGAAAUUUUUGGAGUUUGAAAACGCAAAGCUAACGCACCAAAACUCACAAGCCAUGAUCCAAAAGGUUCCACAGAAUCUCCGAAAUAGAAAUAAAUAUGACAAGUACUACUCACCCACGACGGUGUCAAUAGGUCCCAUCCACCAUGACAAUAAAAAUCUCAAGAUAGGAGACAACUAUAAGUUUACUUUCGCAGCAAAAUACGUCAAAAAAACCACAUACAGUCCACAAUUGCUACACAAAAAGAUUGCCGAUAACAUUUCUGAACUUAAGGGUCUUUUUGCCGAAGAUGUUUUAGCUUUGGCCAAUAACUCAGAGUCUCUACAAGGCUUCGGCAGCCUUGAUGAAAAGCUGUCAUGGCUGUUGUUCGUGGAUGGAUGUUUUUUGCUAUACCUUAUGGACGAUGACAAUACUCAACUUGAUGAUGAAGAGGUGAGUUUUAAGCAUACUCAACUAUUUUAUGAUGUGAUGACGGAUGUGCUUUUGUUGGAGAAUCAACUUCCAUAUUUAGUACUAAAGCUGUUGUGGAAAAAUGACAACGAGAAGGAAUUGAUAGAAACUAUGGUGGAUUUUAUCCCUGAUCAUGGUAUUUGGUACUCGCCAUACAUGGAUUUACGGAAUGAGCCAGCUGAACCACCAAUUCAUCUUCUUGAUCUUCGGCAUACACUCAUCCUCACAAAAUCUGAUCUAAAGAUGAAGAUGAAGGAACACAGUUCGAAAUAUCCAAACCUAGACACGCUGAUGGCAAACAGAAACAUAGAAGAUCUAACCGCAAUAGGAAUAAAACUUAAAUCAAGCGGGACACGAAAUCCAUUAUCUAUAGAUUUUUCUGAGGGUUGGUUUUCUGCAGAAUUGACUCUUCCGGAGAUUUGUAUGAACUAUACCACAAUUGGUACUUUGCUGAACCUGACAGCGUAUGAGAUGUGUCAACGUUUUAACCACCAAUACGAAAUAUGUACAUUUGUGAUUUUCAUAAACUCGCUCAUUGGCCAUUCUGAAGAUGUAAAGAAAUUGAGAUCAGAGAGUAUUUUGAGAAAUUUCCUAGGGAGAGAUGAGGAUGUUGCUGAUUUUUUCAACGUCAUAAGUACUGACUUGUUAUGUAGCGGAGAUUUAUAUGAAGAAGUUAACGAUAAAAUAUAUGAGCAUCGCUUUAAAAAAAGUAAGAUUUGGUUAGCGAUGGCUUAUCGCACUUAUUUCAGCAAUCCUUGGGCUAUCAUUGGUUUACUUGCUGGGGUAAUUGCACUUGUUCUCACUUUCCUUCAAACAUGGUUUUCCAUUAAACCGCGCUAGCUAGCUAGCUAGCAAGCUCAUAAACAUGGUUUGUUGUGGUAUUUCUUUAAUCACUUAUUGAGACUUCACUAUUAGUAUCUCACAAAUGAAGAGUGUCUUUUGCAUUGCAUUGUGUGUGACUUAUUGUUUGUUUUUUAUUUUAUAAGAGUUGU